CGAACUAUUGAGGCGUAUUAACGUGUUGCCGCAAUAAUUUGCGUUCGUUCGAUUCCGUACGAUAAUCAUUUGACACACGCCGACGGUUUGCGUUUUGUUUGUUAGGAAGAAGUUACCUCUCCUCUCGCUUCUUAAACUGCAUUGUCGUCUCAUCCGCCGCGUCGUAGCCGUAUUUGUCGACUACCACUUGUGUUUAUGUCUAUAGCGGUUUAAUUUAAUUGACCAGCCAGCGAUUGUUGUCAGACAUACAGCUGAGCAAGAAAACAACGCCUAAACUCAAUGUUUCGUUUCGCCUUUUGUCUGUGCGUAUGAGUGUAUGUGUUCUUGGUGAAACAUUUGCGCAUGCGCAGAACCCGCAGAAAAAAAUCGUAAAAAUUGCAAUUUGAAUACAUACUUACAACAAACAUAAAGUGUUUAACUAUUUUCCGGGUGGAUAGUAUGUCCCAAGAGCGACAGGUGUAUAUGCCGUAGGUGUUAAUUGAAAUUGCAUUAUAAACUUGGCAGACAUCAGCAGACAAAAAGGUAGAUUCAAAUACAAAAGAAUCGUGCCCUUUACAGAAAAAUAUCCAGAUGGACAGAAUCUCGGUUUGAACACACCUUAUUCGGUGAUAGCAACGUGAAAAGAAGUAAAAUAUUGUCAGCUCCAGUUUUGUUUGUUUUUCUCAAAUUCCAUUAAAACAAUACCGCACCGCGACAAGUGAACAAAUAAAUGAUUUGUUUUUGGAUUCCGUCGUCGUCGUCGUCAUUGUCAUUGUUUUUGUAUUUUUGAAUAAAAUCGUGUACAUUUCAAAAUCAAAAGAUUGUACAGGAUAUUUACGUUUGCCGUUGACAUCUUUGUAAGCAUCGGAACCUGUACGAGUUUUUGUGUGUGUGUGUGUUCUUUUAUUUUAAUUUUAUCUUUAUUAACAAAGCCAGAAAACAAAUGUGUUCUCCCGAUCGUCGCCUAGUUUACAAAAGAAAAUUGGUGGUUUAAUGUGUUUUGUCUUUUUUUUAAUGCGUGUGUAUAAUUUUUAAAUAUUAAAAUCAUUUCAACGUCGCCACAGUGUAAUAAAAUUAAUUGUUUUCUUUACACACACACACCGACACCAAAGCGAUGACAUAUCGCCAUAAGAAAUAAAAAUUAUUCUCCAUUUCAAAAAAAUAACAAAAACGUGAUUGUAAUAAAAAAAUAUUGCCACUUUGUAAAUGAAAACCAAAACAAAAGUGUUUUUCAAAAUAAAGAAAAAAAUUAUCAUCGAAAAAAUAUUCUGCUCAAUAACGUAGUAGUAUUUUGAAUUGUGUCAUAUAUAAUUUUAUAAAUUCCUAAAAAAAUGAAAUUGGUAAUUGUUGUGCUUUAAAAUCAAAAUUUCCGUGAGAAUAUUCGUUUUGCGUUCUUAAAUUAUUAAAUUACCAUAUUAAACAUUUCCCGUCAUCAAUUAUGGAUUUUAGCUGUUCUGGAAUUAUAAUGAGAUUCUAACAAUAAAUUGGAUGUGAACAAAUGAAUAAAUAAAAAUUACCAACCCAAGCGCCAACAUCAUCAAUGCCAAGUCAACUACAGGCAUUCGAAUAAAAGUGAAACUGACAACUGAAAACGAAAAAAAAAAAACAAAAAACUUUAACAACACAACGAACCACCGCAAAAUGUGAACAACAAGGUGGCAAAGGCAAACGACAACCACCCAAUAUAUCAAAAGCGGAAUUUUAACCCGCUGAGCAAGCAAUAAAACACAAAUAAAAAAAAACAUAAUUUAAAAGUGGCUCACACAAAAAAAGGAAAAAUUUCUCGAAUAUAUUCCAGCAAUUUAUAAUGAAAAAUCGCAUAUUGUAGAUAUGAAGAUCUUUGUUGUUACUAUUAUGCGAAAAUGUGUUAAUGUGCUGUGAAAAGCGUUUUAACUGGAAACCUAAGAAUAUAAGAACAGCAAUUGCUAUUAUAGUUUCUGGAGAACCAACCACCAGUUGAGAAUUGCAAUAAACCAACAAUUCAUUCACAUUACAGUUGCCACAAAAAAAUAAAAAAGAAAUAAUCAUUGCAAACGCGUUGCCUGCGAUAACCAAAGACGCCAACGAGUCGCCGAGUCGUGAUUUUUAUUUGAGUUUUUGAUACGAUUUUCGUUCGUCGGUCGAUCGAUCGAUUUGAAGCCGCCGGUCGGGUUCGCGUCCGCGUCAUCCUGGUUUAUGCCUGGUUAUAUGUUGGCGUUUUUUAUUUUCCUGUUGUACGUCGUCUUCGUUGCCAUCGCCAUUGUUAUGUGUAUUAAAUUGUUAUUGUAAACACGCAUUACAUUAAGGCCAUAUUUGGCUGGCAGUCAGACGGACAGACACAGCCAGCCAACAGCAAUUGUCGACAAUCAGAAGAACCUAGGAAUUGCCGAAACUGUGUUAACGUUCUGCAAUCAGCAAACACCAACAUCACGCUCGCACACACACACUGGCUCUCGCCUAGCUUAGCCAUCAUCAUUUGUGGCAGGUAGACAUCAACAACAUCAUUGGCCCUAUCAUCAUCAAUAUUGUCUUUCAACAUCAACAAAAUCGUUGCCACGUUGUGUGGGUCUUAUCGCAUACGUUACAUCUUUACACGUAUCGGGCAACAUUACACAAAACUUUAACAUUUUAGCCCCGCCGCCGCUCUUCGAACCUUCCAGGAGUCCUGUGUUGCUAUGAUUACAUGGCAUUAUAAUUGAAAAUUAGCUUCAAAAGCAACAAGAAGAACUGCUGUUCUUCUCAUUCUUAUUUUGUUUCCAUUGUGCAGUUGGUCUACCGAAUUUUGAAAACUGCAGACACCACUUGUCUUCGAAUUUAAAGAAAAAUCGAAAAAAAAAACAAAAAACUAACCAGUCAAUAUGUCUACAAAUAGCCACACACGUACCCACAUAUCAAUCCACCGAUUUACAUACUUAACUUCGUUAUAUUUAACAUUUCUAUUGCUGCUAAAAUGUCACAAAGUCGCUGGCAUUUUGGGCAAAUCACAGAUGUGUGAAGUGGAAACGGGGCAAACGAAUAUCAUAUUGGAUAUUGAAGAAAGCAGGGGAGACUAUAUUGGCCAACAAACAAAUCCACCCGAACUACCCAUAUUUGGUGAUCCCUUUACGGAAAUCGCCUUGGAUCUAGUCUUUCCCAAAGGAAAUCCAAUAUUCUUAUUGAAUGGCAAGAAGUUACAACUGCUGCAGCCAUUGGAUCGCGAUGAAGAGAAUUUAAGUCAUAUUGUGUUUCAAGUUUCCUGUACCGUACGCUCCUCGAACAAACGUCGCAAUAUACCGAUUAUAGUGCGCGUGUCUGAUGUUAAUGAUAAUGCGCCACGUUUCAUGAACACACCUUAUGAGGUUACAGUGCCCGAGAGCACUCCAGUGGGGACAACGAUUUUUCGCAACAUUCAAGCCCUGGAUAAGGAUGCCGGUGUUAAUGGCCUGGUUGAGUACUUUAUUGUCGAGGGCUCCACAAAUACCACAGAAGAUGAAAAGAUGACAAUUGCUGAUGGUUAUGGCACAUUUGCCAUAUCAUUUCCCCAUCAAGGCCAGGUUACCGUGGCUAAGACAUUGGAUUACGAGAAAAUACAACGUUACUACUUGACAAUUGUCGCAUCGGAUCGUGCUCGCAAUGUUUCUGAGCGAUUAACUUCAACGACAACCCUGACGGUAAACAUUGCCGAUUCAGAUGAUUUGGAUCCAUCAUUUAUUUACCGCAAUUGUGUACUGCUCGAUGGGGCCUGUAUUAAUCCCGAAUACACUGCCUCUGUGCCAGCUGGCUCGCUGCAAGGUGUGUUAACUGUGACACCCGAAAGAAUACAAGCUGUUGACCUGGAUACGAUUAGUGCUCCGAUACGUUAUUCUUUUGCCAGUGGUAUGCCGGGAAAUUAUGCCGACUACUUUGAAAUCGAUGAGCAGACGGGGGUAUUAAAACAAAUUAAGGCGGUGGACACUUCGACGGCAAAACGUUAUGACAUCAUUGUAAAGGCCGAAGAGGUAUCGAUGAUCAAGCGAUUUACCACAGCAAAACUGACAAUAAAUGUCAAGCCGGUCGAUGCCAAUCCACCAGUUAUAUCCGCCAGUUCCAUUGUGGGCUUUGUGGAUGAAAACUCCCCCUUGGGUACGCGAGUUUUAGAUGAACACGGCAAACCGAUUAGUUUUAAGACCAGUGAUGCUGAUCUAACCGAAGAUGAUCCCAAGCCGGAUUAUAUCUACGAACUGACCACACCCUCUUUUGAGGUAACGCCCGAAGGUGUUUUGGUGGUAAACGAGGAAGGUUUGGAUCGUGAUCCCCCGGCACCGGGUAAAUAUAAAUUCCAGGUUGUGGCCCGUGAACCCAAAACCAAUGCCGCCAGUGCUCCUCUCAGCUUGACUGUGAUCCUUAAAGACGUCAAUGAUAAUGCUCCGAAAAUUGCCAUGGUUCCCCCUGUAUCAAUUACAGCUGGAGAUGGUGUACGUAAGGUGGCCCAGGUAACCGCCACAGAUAAUGAUGAGGGUGUAAAUGCUGCCAUUACCUAUUCCAUCUACCAUGUUUCCAAUAAUGGUUUGCAAAAGUUCACCAUUGAUGAACAGACGGGAGAAAUUGAGACCAGAGGUCGUCUCUUGGCGGGAGAACAAUAUAGUAUAACUGUACAGGCCACAGAUGUGGGUGGUCUUUCUUCCCAGGCCAUUGUGGAGGUUACGGUUACCCCAGGACCCAACACUAAGCCUCCUAAAUUUGUUAAAUCCGUCUAUGAGGUUCAAGUUAGCGAAGGAGCCGAAAUUAAUUCCACUGUCUCCGUCAUCCACGCCGAGGAUCCGGAAAAUGAUCCGGUGGUAUAUUCCAUUGUAUCGGGUAAUGAUUUGCGACAAUUCGCCGUGGGCCAGGAAUCGGGUGUUAUUUCCGUGAUACGCAAAUUGGAUCGUGAAAGUUUGACGCGCUAUCAGCUUAUUGUAAGAGCGGAAGAUAAUGGCGGUUUGUCCAGCAGUGCCACUGUCAAUAUCAAGGUCACCGAUAUAAAUGAUAAAAAUCCGGAGUUUGAUGAAUCCACCUUGCCGUACGUCUUCCAGGUUGAUGAGGGCCGUGAACAGGCCUUUGUGGGUAUUGUCCAUGCCACCGAUGCCGAUGAGGGCAUUAAUGCGGAAAUUACCUAUUCCAUACCGCAAGAUAUACCAUUCUCGAUCAAUGGUACAUCGGGAGAGAUACGCACCUCAAAAGCGCUGGAUUAUGAAAAACAAAAUGAAUAUCGUUUUGUGGUUACAGCAAAAGAUGGUGCCCCUGAUGCCCGCCUGGGAACGGCCAGUGUUACGGUACAGGUUAGAGAUCUACCAGAUGAGGUGCCAAAAUUCACUGAUACCCGUAUCGAUGUAAAAGUUCCCGAAAAUGAGCCAGAUUUCUUGGUGGCCACCGUUCAGGCCUAUGAUCCAGAUACCACUCCCGAUAUAACCUAUGUUAUACGCAAAGGUGCCACAGAAUUCUUUAAGGUAAAUCCCUCGACGGGUGAGAUCAGGACCACCAAAGGCUUGGACUAUGAAAAACAAAAGAGUCAUGAACUGAUUGUGGGCACUAUUGAAAAUGACGAAAAUGGUCCUGGCGACACUGUGAAAGUUGUGGUGGAGGUGGAAGAUCGCAACGAUGUUAGACCCGUGUUUGUUUCGGUACCAGAACCGGUUACUGUCAAUGAUGACCAACCCAUUGGAGCCAUGAUUGCCACCAUGCCGGCCAUAGAUGGUGAUGGCUCCUCACCCGGCAAUGUGGUACGUUACGAAAUGGUGGGUCGUGGCAAGGCAUUGAAAUAUUUCCAAGUUGAUCCGGAUACUGGGUCAAUACGCAUACGCGAUGAAUUGCGCAAGGAAGAAGAUACGGAAUACCAAGUCGACAUUCGGGCCUAUGAUAUGGGUGAGCCGCAAUUGAGUUCUGUGGCCACAUUGCCAGUUUUUGUAAGACAUUUGCUAACCGACCCCAAUGAGGAUAGCGCCAUGGAAGGUAGAACCGAUAAUGGUGUCAUUACCACAGCCGAAAGUCUGGGUUUGGCAUUCAGUGAUGAUAGCUACACAACAGGGGUUCCAGAGACCGCAGGAAUCAAUGCCACCAUUAAAUUGAUACAAGUUAUUAACUCGAAAAAAUCGGUGAAAUCUAACCCUGGCUUCAAAUGUGAAAUUAUCGCCGGCAAUGAAUGGGGUCUAUUCAAUGUUACCCAAGAGGAUCACGGCUGUGGUAUUCAAUUAAUCAAGCAUUUGGAUUAUGAAAAUAUGACCACCUUUUCAUUGGAUUUACGCUUAACUUCGCAUAAAUAUUUCAUUAAUCCCCAGAAGAGUACAACCACGGUUAAGAUAAUUGUCCAGGAUGAGAAUGAUAAUGCCCCAGAAUUUAUUUUCAAUCGGGCUCGAGGCCGUAAGGACACUUUUUAUGGCGUGGUUAGUCCUGAAAUGGACAUUGAUACGCCGAUUUUGCAAGUACGCGCCACCGAUAGGGAUUCCGGAAAGUUUGGCAUGAUUCGUUACAGGCUUUAUGAUGAGGAAGACAACAGCAUCAGUAAUGAGAAUUUGCCCUCUACCUAUUUCACCAUGACCGAAGACACAGGUAUUUUGCGCACCGCCAAGCUAUUCCGUGAUGAGGCCCAAUUCCCCAUGAUAUUCUAUGUGGAGGCUCGUGACAAUGAUGGUCAGGAAAUGGGUUCUCACAGGACGCGGGCUCGCAUUGUCAUCAAUAAAAUCACCGAUUUACAAAGACAUUCCCUCUUCUUCUCUGAUGCUACACCCAAUGAAUUGCGCAGCCAUUAUGCCGCCCUGGAAGAGUUGUUCUCGGAAAAGACCGGUGGUCUCAUUAGCGGUAUUGAAAGAUUUAGUAAUCGUAAAUUUUUAAAUGAAAAUGGUACCAUAUUGGAAAACCCCGCUGCCACGGAUGUUUGGUUCUAUUUGAUUGAUCCCAAGACGGAAAAGAUUCUACCACGUAAUGCCACUGUGGUGCAGGAAACUUUACUGGAACCCACGGCACGAUCGGAGGUGAUAUUUGCUGCCUCAUCUAAGACUCGGGCCACAGCCGAGGGCAUCUAUGCCCCCAUUGAAAUGAAGCAACAGGUGCAUAAGGUCAAGGCUGCCAUUGCCAUUGAUGAUGAAGUUUUCCCCUAUACCCUGAUAGCCAUUUCCAUAAUUAUUUUAGUUUUGGGCAUAAUUGGCAUUAUCUACAUCUGUAUAUCCUGGUCCAAAUACAAAAACUUCAAACAACGCAUGCGCCAAUAUUCCACUCCCAGUCCCACACGUUACGAUCCCGUCAUUGUAAAUUCUCAGGCCUCUAAUUCUGGUGACACCGUGACUAAUUUGAAAGAAUAUGAAACCCAAGUUUUGGCCAUGGCUGUACCACCAGAUGGUGAUGAUGAACUGCAAUUGGAUUUCAGUGCCAAAAACCAUGCAUUUUCUCUGGACAAUGUUAGCUAUAUAACCCAUAAGGAACAUAAUGGUAGCUCAAGUGGUGGCCAGACAAGUCCCUCCCAUUCGGAAGCGACAACAGCCACGAUUGCCACAUUGCGAAGAAAUAACAAUAACAACAAUAGCAAUUUAAAUAAUAUGUCUGCCAAUAAUAACAUCAAUAACAACAACAAUCACAGCACCAUGAAUAAUCGUCAAAAUACCUUCAAUCGCACACUCGAAAUGAAUGCUCGCAAUAAUGCCAAUCCCUUGGCAGCAAAUGGUACAUUGCCGGGCACAUUGACAUUGGGUCGCAUAAAACAUCAAAAUUCCAAUCAUUAUCAAAAUGGAGGCUAUAAAAUGGAUAGUGUUAGUCGUAAUAAUUUGGCAAAUUUACAAAAUAAUGCUUACAGCACACUGGGACGGAGGGGUAACACAUUUGGUAACAAUUCCAAUUUGAAUGGUAGCCUCAAUGGGGAUGUAGGCAGUAAUGGUGAGCUGAUGACAAAUACAUUGGGUAGAAAUCAUCAACAGCAUAAUAUUCAAAGGGGUUACAAUGAAGUGCCAAUAACAAAUCCACUGUUCCAGAGAUCCAAUGGUGAUUUAUCCCACCUAAGUCCCUCCAAUGAAAAUGUCACCUUUGGAAAACGUGAUUAUGGUCAAAUGGGAUUUUCCUAUCUGAACGAUUUGGAUCGUUCUGAAGUCGAAACAACAACCGAAUUAUGAAAAUAUUUUAAAACCCACGAAACGAAUGAUAAAAAUUACCUAAACAAACAUUGAAUCGAAUGAAAAUCCCCCAAGAACAAGCCAAAAUACAAUUUUAAAUAAAAAUAGUUUAGUUAAUUAAACAAAUUAUAUAAAACAUAAACAUAUCAACAAACUUUAGAAGAGAAAAAAAUAUGAAUGCAAUAAUUACUUUAGGAACUAAAAAACAAUCAAAAACAAAAAAAACUUGUUUAAUAUAAAUAUAAAAUAUAAACUACUUAUAAAAGUUGCCAUUAAGUUAAUACCAUAUGUUUUUGUAAAUAAAUUAAGACACAAAAUGUAAGACUUUUAUCUAGCGAUAAAAAAAUGUUAAACGAAAAAUAUCAACAAACAGCAAAUAAAGAAUAUUUAUAAAAUAGUCAUUAGCCUAAUAAGUUGUGAUUUUAAAUAUAAUUCUUGAAAUUAUUUACUUUAAGUUACAGAGGGAAAAUGAAUAUAAAAUUCCAAACAAAUUAAAAACUUUUGUAAACAAUUCUUUUUUAAUAAUAUCUUAUUUACUCUUUCUAUCUAUGUGUGUAAUUGAAUGUAUAUCUAUCUAAUUGUUAUAUUUGUAUACUUAUAUUAGAGUAAAAAGUGUAGUUGUUUUUAGUUAAUUCUAAAUGUGUAAUGCAACAAAAUGUCUAUAUAUGCAUAAUGAAAAUUUUUAAACGUUUUACUAUCAACGACAAUCAAGUGUGUAGAAAAUUUUGUUUCUGUACAUAAAAGAGCAAGUGUCAAAUCGGCGUAUAAAAUAGUUUUAGAAAUGUGUAAUUAAGCUCAAAUAUUUGUGUAGAAAAAAAUAAAUUAAUUAUUACAAACAACAA